AUGGCAAUGGAUAAUACUAAAUUUGAAUAAAUGAGUAAGAAUUUCCCUUCAGCUUUGAAAUUCAGAUUAAAUCCUGUAUACUAUGGUGCUAGAGUAGGAAUUCAAGCUUAUUUGGGUUUGUUAGUGGGAGGAAGUCUAUUGAUAUACUUAAAUACUUUCAAUGGAAUAACAUUCCCUUAUUUAUAUAAAAAAGUAAAAAUUUAUUAAAUGAACAAUUAGUAAAAAGUUGAAUAUUAAGCAGUACCUGAUUUUUAUUCUAAGCAAGUGUUAUUGUACCAAAGAACAGUUCCAAAUACUGUAACAUAAUUAUGAG